CGGUCGACCAAUGGAAGCCCGUGAGGCCCGUGACUGAAAUCUACGGCGAAUCAGGCAGGGCACAUGACGCCACGGACGAUAAAACCAUGAAGUUGUGAAUUGUGAAUUUGUGAUUGCUCGUUCAUAGCCUAUAAAUCCCACUCACGCGUUUAUCGACAUUGUUCGAGAUUCUCUGUUUUUCAGCUUCGUUUCUAGAUUCUGGAUGCUGGGUGCUUUUCAAAUUCCUUAUUCUCUAGCUUCUUCGAUUCGCUGAGACUGAUUUUUCUGAAGCCUCCGCGUCUUUUCUGCACUUCCAUUUCUUUAACGAUCUUUAAAUUAUUAGUCAGAUUGUCUUCUCCGGUGGUGGGCUGAGGCAUCACAUGAGUGAUUUGAUUCUCGGAUGAUCGGAGUACCACAGAGAUGUCAAUUGUCCAGGUUGAAAGUACGGCAUCAUUGAGCAGUGAUCUAUUCUAUGACAUAUUGAGACGUCUUGAUGGUGCUACUUUGGCUAAUGCAGCAUGUGUUUGUGCUACUUUCUCUUCCAUUUCAAGAGAAGAAAGUUUAUGGGAAAAUGUAUGUCAUUCUUUAUGGCCCUCAACUAAUAGGGAAGAUGUGAAGAGUUUGAUCUUAUCAGUUGGUGGAUUCAGAAAAUUCUAUGCAGACUGUUAUCCGCUCAUUGUGAACAAGGAUGUCGUGGUUCAGUGUGAUUCCUACCAUUCUGAAUACCCUGAAGAAUGGUUCGAGGCUGAGUAUUAUGGUGACAUUGAGGAAUUUGAAAGUAUUUUACCCUCAGAUUUUGUCUCUAUUGUGGAUGUCAGAUAUAAAGAUAAAGUAAUAUAUUCAAAGGUUCUCUGGGGUAUUCCAGAUUCAGAUGGCUUCAAUGGUUGGUUUUACAACUGUCCUUUCCGGAUUGACCUUUUUAAUGUAUCGGAUAAUGAUGGCCUCCAUGAGGAUGAAGUCACACUCUCUGUUGAGGAUGGUCUUCCUCCAAUUUUCUCGAUUGAUAGGGAGAGGAAAGAUGGGAAGGUUUGGAGGGAGCUCUGUGAUGGAAUCAGACUCAGUUGGAUCAUAGUGAACAGAAAGGAAAAGCAAGCUGCUAACCUUGCAAGCUGGAGCCCCCUUGGGGGACAAAGGCAUUGGCCAACAGAUAAGGAUUUCUUGAUGCGCUUUGGAUCCAUUCUUCCAGCCAGAGACAUCCUUCCAUGUCAAUUUGUUGAAUGCAUACUUGUUAUGAAGUUUAGAGUGAUCCAUACCGAGGGAGAGGGUAGCCAGACUAUUCUCAAGCUAGCAGAGCUAAGCAUGCUGUUGAAAGACAUGGGAGGCUCUCAUGUUAAUGGAAGGAACAGUUUGCUUGUACUGAAAGAAGCCCUGAAAUCUCGUAGGAGCAAAAAUUACAGUGAAGUUCUUGAAUCUUGUCAUCUGUACACAAAAGCACAGAGUGAGUUAAAGGAGGAGAAAAUGAGAAAUGAAAGUCGUUUAGACAGGCUAUGUAUCUUAAGUGGGAUUGCUGCUUUUAUCACUUUCUGUUACUGCGUUUUAUGAAAAAGAAUAUCCUUGUGCCAUCUUGAUUAAUGAAAUUCUGUUUAGAGUGGUGAUAAAAA